ACUGACUGAACCGGAGUCAGUCUACCCCCGGCUUUCGAAAGGGAACCGUAUCGCACCCUUUUCUCGUCCAGUCCAGAAAGACAUGCCGUCGUAUCGCACCGACUAGAGCCACAUGGUGUCCGUCGUCCGCGCGUGCCGUCUGCCGGGUAUAUACCGUCCGCCGGCGAUGAGUGGUGAUGAUGUGAGAUAGUAGUGAAUUUCAGCACCGAGGAAGAACAAUGGGAAGCGGUGCGGCGUUCGUUUUUCUACUCGUCGGCCUCGUCGGGAUCGGCGAUCUCACUCCUGUCCAGCCCGUUAAACAAGGUUUCGUUCUCAGCGAGUUCAUCCGCCACUAUGAGCCGGCCGUUUUCGACACGGCUGAGGUUGUCGAGAACCACCGCCGGCUCAGGAGAUCGACCUCACCGCAUCCCCUCCGUAUCCACUUCGCUACCAACCACAGGGAAUUUCGUCUGGUCCUCUACCGGGACCGAGAGGUUUUCAGCAACGACGUCAUUUUCGAGCGAGGGACCGGCGAGACUGUCCAUUACAACCCUGGAAACGCAUACCGAGGAACUCUGGAAGAUGACGAUAGAGCUGAGGUGAAGGGGGUCCUGACGGAUGACGGUAUUUUCGACGGUUCCAUACACACGGCAUCUGAAACCUACUACGUGGAACCUGUGAGUAGGUAUUUGGAACCGGGUCAGAGCGGUCCCGGGUACAAAAGCGUCGUGUACCGUCACCGCGACGUCGUCCAGCCGAAAUCGAGCACAUGCGCCUCGGCCGCUUUGGCCCAGAGGAUGCGGCGGAGUGCCGACGAAGGGCCGCAGACGGGCGGCGUCUUCUACUUCGACAGCGAGGCUUACGAGAUCAGGAGAGCCAACAGGACUGACAUCAUCGUGAAGAGGACCCGACAGCCCGAGGGAAAACCGCAGCCGAAAGUGCUCCUCGGGACCGGGCACGAGGACAACCUCCUUUUUGACGAUGACUUCAGGGCCCAUGUGCACAAAAGGGCGGCGGUCGACCCUAAAAAGACAACCUGCAUGCUCUACCUCCAAGCUGACCACCUCUUCUUCCAAAAAUACGGCACUGAAGAAGCAUGCAUCGAAGUGAUGACACGCCACGUCCAGAGGGUCAAUUCUAUCUACAAAACAACAGAUUUCAACCAAGACGGUAAAUCGGACAACAUCAGCUUCAUGAUCAAGAGGAUUAAAGUGCACACGACCGAAUCGCUCAACGACCCAAGCUACAGGUUCCCUUCCAAUUACGGCGUGGAAAAAUUUCUGGAAUUGUUCUCAGAGGAGGACUACGAUGCAUUUUGUUUAGCGUACAUGUUUACAUACAGAGACUUUGAAAUGGGUACACUCGGUCUAGCCUGGACCGGAGAUUUGAAAAAUGCAGGCGGAGUCUGCGAAAAAAAUGGACAUUAUAGAGGGAGUAUGAAGAGCCUCAAUACAGGAAUAGUAACGCUGCUAAAUUACGGGAAACAUGUGCCUCCGGCUGUCUCCCACGUCACCCUGGCUCAUGAAAUAGGCCAUAACUUUGGCUCACCUCACGAUCCAGAGCUGUGUACACCAGGUGGAGAGGAUGGCAAUUUUAUCAUGUUCGCCCGUGCCACAUCAGGAGACAAGAAAAACAACAAUAGGUUCUCACCGUGUAGUCUCAAUAGUAUAAAUCCUGUGUUAAAUUCAAAAGCCAGGAGUUCGAAGGGUUGUUUUACAGAACCCCAAGCGGCCAUCUGUGGCAAUGGUGUAGUCGAAGUGGGAGAGCAGUGCGACUGUGGAUGGGAAGAAGAUUGCAAGGAAGACUGCUGCUACCCACAAAGGAGGCAUCCACCUCCUGACCAGCCUCCGUGCCACCUCACGCCACACAGCAUGUGCAGCCCCUCCCAGGGCCCUUGCUGCACUGCUGAAUGUGAUCUUAAGUUUGGCGACAAAUGUAGGGACGACAACGGAUGCAGGGACUCGAGCUAUUGCGAUGGCCGUGGCCCUCACUGUCCACCUUCAAUUAACAAGCCUAACAAGACAGUUUGUAACGAUGAGUUCGUCUGUUUCAUGGGGGAAUGCACGGGCUCAAUAUGCUUGGCGUAUGGAUUGGAGUCAUGUCAGUGCAUACCUGGACCUGAUGAUCCUAUCACCAAAGCGUGUGAAUUGUGUUGCAAAGAACCCGGGGAAAACUCGCCGUGCAUUUCAUCUUUCACUUGGAACAGCAUUCCAUACGAUAUCCCAGAUAUGUUUUCAAAGCCUGGAACUCCAUGCAAUGACUACAAUGGAUAUUGUGACGUCUUCCAGAAAUGUCGAGAGGUUGACCCGUCAGGCCCAUUGGCCACGUUAAGAAAACUACUUUUGUCGGAGCAAAGCAUAGCCUCUUUUAAAAGAUGGGUUUUGGACAGGUGGUACUAUGCCCUGUUAAUCGUCGCUAGUGUCAUCUUAAUCUUGGUAUUGAGCACAAGGCUACUCGGAAAGACGACAGAUCUGAAGCUCAAAGGCAUCACCAUAAUUCACAGCUCUACGACUGAAACUGUCAGACUUCCACCGGAUGGUGACGAGGGAAAUGUUGUUGUUCAUCCCGCCGUUAGGAGCAAAGUGCCUCUGAAGAGGAGAGUCAGGGAACCGAGGAGGAACAAGAGAGGAAAAGAUGCGAAAAAGCCUAGGAGAAUGCCUGAGGAGGUAUCGCCCAGAAAAUCACAAAAGAAGACUCCUCAGAAAAAGAAAGCGACCAAAAAAGAGGUGAUAGAUUACAGUGCGGCCCAAGAACCGAAAACUCCUCAGACACCCGAAGACGAUCCUUUGGGUAAAGUCAGAAACUGGUUGCUCAACUCUCACAUAGACAGGACGAUGGUGAGGAAAUCGAAAUCCUCACCUGCCGGGUUCCUCCCGACAGAAAGUCAAAGAAGCCCCGUCAAGGUUGCUAAGCCAAGAAGGGUGCCUGAAGUCAAAGAGCAAGUCAAACUGCAAGUUAUGUACAAACCACCGUUCAAGUUCAGUGUCAAACUGAAGAAGCCGACCCAAGUGGCGACCAGCGUCGUUAAGGAGAUAAACUCCAAAGUCCGUAUGAAGCCUAGAACAGCUGUGCUGGUUCAGGAAAGGAGAAGAAACCAGCGUAAAAACCGGGAAAUAAAGAAAGACGCAGAAAAGAAACCAGAAGUAGGGGAAUGCUCAAAACAGAAUAGCACAGAAGUUAAGACACCUUCUAGUCUUCAGUGUGAUUUAGAAAAACUAGUUGCUAUCGAUCAAACGGAACCCGUCUAUGAGAACGCUGUAGUAGCACGCCUUUCAGCAGCCUCUCCUGAUAAACCUUCUAACGUCGAUCUUCUCCGGAUGACCUCUGUGGAAUGCAAAGCCACAACACAGUUACCACUUUCUCCACAGAAGUGCAAAGCGGACAGGAAGCUCAGCCGGUCGCAGUCGCUCCAGAAGAAAAUCGAGAAAAAGCAGAACGAGAGCAAGAAGGCGAAAGAAGCGUCUCGAGAAGGGAAAAACAAACUCAAGGUUCAAAAAAGCCCGAACCAAGAUUUAAUGAGGUUCCCGUCUCAAGAAGUACAGACAACUCCUGUUCCAGGAGGCAAUUCUACAGGUGUCGCCAAAACCAAUCCUAACCCAGCAUGUGAAAAGCCGGUGGUCAAUGAUCCCAAUUCUAACAUGCAUACCGUGCCGUCCGACUUGGAAGUUUUAUUAUCAGAAAGUGAAUAUUUAUUUUCUGACACGUGAAUACAUAUUUGAUUCUGUUAUAUUGUAUAUUAUUACUGUUAAACAUAUCUAAUUUAAAUAUAAUUUAUAAACUUUUUAAUAGGUUUUAAUUA